AUGGCUCUCCUCGUUGAUAAGCUGCGGCCACGUACCCUCGAUGCCCUCACAUACCACCCCGAUCUCUCCGAUCGCCUGCGCUCACUGGCCCAAAACGGAGACUUCCCCCAUCUACUAGUCUACGGACCCUCAGGAGCCGGAAAGAAGACACGGAUAAUAGCCACCCUGAAAGAACUGUACGGCCCGGGAGUCGAGAAGAUCAAAAUCGACUCCAGAAUCUUCCAAACAACCAGCAAUCGCAAACUAGAAUUCAACAUCGUUUCAUCAGUCUACCAUCUCGAAAUCACACCCGCCGACGUCGGAAACUAUGACCGAGUCGUGGUGCAAGAAUUGCUAAAGGAAGUUGCACAGACGCAGCAGGUCGACCUUGGCGCGAAGCAACGAUUCAAGGUCGUAGUAAUCAACGAGGCGGAUCAUCUGACGCGCGAUGCUCAGGCAGCCCUCAGACGGACUAUGGAGAAGUACAGUCCCAAUUUGCGGUUGAUUCUCUUGGCCAACAGUACUUCCAAUAUCAUUGCUCCUAUUCGUUCUCGAACCCUGCUGGUCAGGGUUGCUGCGCCAACUGAAAAAGAUAUUUGUGCAGUGCUUCACGGUGCUGCGAAGAGGGAAGGGUGGACUGAGGCGGAGGGGCUUCACUUGAGGAUUGCGAAGGAGAGUGGGCGGAAUCUGCGUCGAGCGCUGCUCAUGUUUGAGUCAAUUCAUGCGCAGAAUGAAAAGGUUACGGACCAGACUCUCAUCCCGCCUCCGGACUGGGAGGCACUUGUUACUCUUACGGCCGAUGAGAUCCUGGCGGAACGAUCACCGGCUCGUUUGCUGCAAGUUCGCGCACGCCUUUAUGAUCUUUUGACCCAUUGCAUUCCCCCCACGACUAUUUUGAAGACCUUAACAUUCAAGCUUGUUGCACGAGUUGACGAUGCGCUGAAGCCUGACGUUAUCAAAUGGUCUGCCUUUUAUGAGCAUCGCAUCAAGCUGGGAAGCAAAGUUAUCUUCCACCUCGAAGCAUUUGUGGCCAAGUUCAUGCGCAUCUAUGAAAGUUACCUGAUGGGCAUGGACUUCUAA